AUGCUAGACCUACAGUCCCAAAACUUGGCAGGAUCCAUAUCCCCACAUAUAGGAAAUCUGAGCUUCCUAAGGGAACUAUACCUCCAAAACAACAGCUUUACUCAUGAAAUCCCUUCAGAAAUUGGGCAUUUGCAUAGGUUAAAGAUUUUACGUCUAGACCAAAACUUACUUAGUGGCCCUGUUCCUGCCAAAAUAUCCAAUUGCAUCAACCUCAUCUUUAUCCAUUUUGGUGAUAACAGGUUGGUGGGUAAGAUUCCUUCAGAAAUCUGCACCUUGUCAAAGCUUCAAAAACUUGUUUUACAAUCCAAUAAUUUCACAGGAGAAAUCCCUCCUUCCUUGGGUAACCUUUCGUCUCUCGAGAUACUUGGUGCUACUUAUAAUAACUUGUUGGGAAGCAUCCCUACCUCUCUAGGCCAGUUGAAAAAAUUAACAAGGUUUGCAAUGGAUUCAAAUAACUUGUCAGGUACUAUCCCUCCUUCCUUCUAUAACCUCUCUGCUCUCGUUAUUUUUUCCCUAGCAAUAAAUCAAUUUCAAGGGAGUAUUCCUUCGGACUUGGCUAAAACUCUUCCUAAUCUUCAAACAUUUGAAUUUCACACGAACCAGUUUACGGGAUCAAUUCCUUCAUCAAUAUCCAAUGCCACAAGUCUAGUGGCAUUUGAAGUUUCAAAUAACAAACUGACUGGACAGGUUCCAAAUUUGGAAAGGCUUCAUAACCUUGUGAAUUUUAACAUCCAAUUUAAUCAUCUUGGAAGCGGUCAACAUGGUGACUUGAGAUUUGUCUCAGAUUUGUGCAAUGCCACAAGGUUAAACAAUUUUGGCGGGACAUUACCCGCUUCAAUAGCCAACCUCUCAACCACGCUUGAAGUUCUUGUGGUUCAAAGAAACAAGCUACAUGGAAGCAUACCAGCUGGGAUAGGGAAUCUGGUCAACUUGGAAUUCUUGGCUCUUGGGGAAAAUUCCUUCACAGGUAGCAUCCCCACAGACUUUGGGAAGCUUUCAAUGGUUGAGGAAAUAGAUCUUCAAGUCAACCAGUUAUCAGGAACCAUUCCAUCUUCUUUUGGAAACUUAACCAAGUUAUCCGCACUGGGAAUGCAAGGGAAUAAUCUUCAGGGAAGCAUCGGGGUGCUAGGGGGUUGCCUUGGACUGCAACAAAUGUAUGCUUCUCAAAAUAACUUUAGUGGCCCAAUACCUCAACAACUUCUUGGCCUCCCUUCCUUAUCAAUCUAUUUGGACUUGUCUAAAAACCACUUUACUGGUUCCCUUCCCAUGGAGGUUGGGAAGUUGAACAAUCUAGGUGCAUUGGAUGUUUCUGAUAACUUGUUAUCAGGAGAACUUCCCAAUAGCCUUGGUAGUUGUAUACAUCUAGAAGUCCUACACUUGCAGGGUAGUGGAGAUGUCUACAGCUUUGGCAUUCUCUUGUUAGAGAUGUUUACGGGAAGGAGACCCACUGACCACAUGUUUAGUGAUGGCUUGAACCUUCAUAAUUUUGUGAAGACGGCUUUUCCCGAUCGAGUCACAGAGAUUGCAGAUUUACUUCUUCAAGAAGGCAGCAUCGAAUCUCCCGAACAAGACAGCAUUAAGGCUCAAAGAGUAACUUGGAAUUGCAUGUUCUGUUGA